AUGCACCAAUUUCAAACUUCUUUUCUUGAUCUCGCCUUGGAGUCUCAAGCACUCAAGUUUGGGUCCUUCACUCUCAAAUCUGGUCGUCAGUCUCCAUACUUCUUCAACUUGGGUUUGUUCAACACCGGGAAACUUUUGUCGACUCUUGCAACUGCUUAUGCUCAUGCCAUUAUUGAGUCGAAAGUGGAGUUCGACAUCCUUUUUGGCCCAGCCUACAAGGGUAUCCCAUUGGCUGCAAUUACCGUGGCGAAGUUGGCUGAGCUUGACCCAGAGAACUACUCUGACCUCGGCUACUCUUUCAAUAGAAAAGAAAAGAAGGACCACGGUGAAGGGGGUUCCAUCGUUGGCUGCGCUUUGAAAGGAAAGAGAAUCCUCAUCAUCGAUGAUGUGAUGACUGCCGGUACCGCUAUCAACGAAGCCUUUGAGAUUAUCUCUGCAGAACUGGGCACUGUUGCUGGAUGCAUCAUCGCCUUGGAUAGACAGGAGACGACUCCAGAUUCUGAUAAAUCCGCCACUCAGGCUGUCUCCGCCAGGUAUGGAAUACCUGUGUUUUCAAUCGUCACUUUGUCUGACAUCAUUACCCAUUUGAAGGGAAAGUUAUCUCCACAAAACUUGGCGGACAUUGAGAACUACAGACAGCAAUACGCUUCGAAGAAUUAA